AUGCAGAAUCUAUCGAAGGACUUCCAUGAAGAAUUUCCGAAGUCGCUGGAACAAUACUUGUCUGGAAAUAUAAAAUUCGGAGACCUGCAUCUCCAUAAAGACAAUGAUGACAUAUCCAAGGCUCUGCAUCGAAAGGCGAGAGUACUGUGCUGGAUUAUGACGUCACCAAAGAACCUGUAUGUUAAAGCACGUGUAGUUCGUGACACGUGGGCUAGGCGCUGCAACAAAGUCCUCUUCAUGAGCUCUGUGACAGAUCCAAAGUUCCCUACAAUCGGAUUAAACGUGUCGGAAGGCCGGAAGCAUCUGACGGCCAAAACGAUGCAGGCUUUCCGCUACAUCUACGAAAACCACUUUGAUGAUGCUGACUGGUUCAUGAAAGCUGACGAUGACACAUAUGUUAUUUUAGAAAAUCUCCGAUACUUUCUGACGUCACAAAACAAAUCCGAACCUGUAUUUUUUGGCCACCAUUUUAAGGUAAUUGUCAAACAAGGGUACUACAGUGGCGGAGGAGGGUAUGUGCUGAGUAAGGAGGCGUUGAGGAGAUAUGGGGAGAAGGGACACGAUCCCACACUGUGCAGGCCUGAUGGUGGUGCAGAAGAUGCAGCGUUCGGCAGAUGUAUGGAGAACCUGGGGGGUGAGGACAGUCAACACAACAGACGCCUCGGGAGGAGCAGAUUCCAUUGUUUUCGGCCUGAGAUGCAUUUGGCGGGUACAUACCCACGGUGGUUUUACAAGUACGAUGCAAAUGGUGCUAAGAAGGUAAGUGAAACACA